GCUGCCGUCGCUAUUAUUAAUCGCCAUCAAAACACACUACCAACGCCGCGGUACUGGCCAGUACUCCUGCUGCUACCGCUACGCUGCUGCUGCUGAUGCCUGCGAGGCGAUCUCGAUGGCCGGGCGAGCCCUAGGCGCCGGCGGCGGCGGGCGCGGGGCGGCGGCAUCCUCCGCCUGAGCGGGGAGCGGGGCCCUGAUCCGCGCGCGGGCGGCGGGCGCUGGCGCGAUGAACCCGCUCUGCUGCAUCGCGCCGGUCUCGCUCGAGCACGCCGCGGACCACCUCCACCACCAGCAGCCGCCGCCGCGCAUCCUCGCCGCCGCGCCGGCGCCGCCUCUGCCGCAGCCGGCGGCGGCGGUCGCGGGGGUGCUGCAAAAGUGGGUCAACUACGGGAAGGGGUGGCGGUCGCGCUACUUCGUGCUCGAGGACGGGGUGCUCUCCUACUACAAGCUCCGCGGUGGCGGCGGCGGAGCGGGCGGCGCCGGGGAGGCGGUCGCUUUCGCGGCGGCGAGGGUGAUCGGGGAGGGGGCCGCGCUGCGGCGGGCGCGGGAGGAGGCCGCGGCGGCGGGGAAGCAGUGGAGGCCGUUCGGCGAGGUACACCUCAAGGUUUCUUCAAUUCGUGCAAGCAAGUCUGAUGAUAAGAGGCUGUAUAUAUUCAGUGGUACCAAGACGUUACACCUGAGGUGUGAAACUGAGGAGGACAGGAAUGCCUGGAUAGAUGCAUUGCUGGUGGCGAAGGAUCGCUUCCCGCGGUCGCUUACUAGCAAUGAUCUUGGUCCCAUGGCAGACAUUAUGUUGUCCACCGAGAAGCUGAGGGUUCGGCUGCUGCAGGAGGGUCUGGGUGAAGCAGUGGUCAAGGAGUGUGAGUCUAUUAUGAUGAGUGAGCUGCUGGAACUGCACAACCAGAUAAAGUCUCGGCAGCAGCAGCAUUCUAUUUUGAUAGACCGCCUCAGGCAAUUGGAGACAGAAAAAGUUGAGCUGGAGAGAACAGUUGUACAUGAGACUAAAGAGAGGGAAACACAUGGUUAUGCUAAUGGCAGACAAAGUGAUUUCUAUUCAGUUUUAUCAGGAGGAAGUACAAGUGAAUCAGACCCUGACACUGCAAGUCAAGUGGCUGAAGUUGAAACCGAGGAAGAUGAAGUAACAUACUUCGAUACAAGAGACUUUUUAUCUGCAGAAUCUUUACGAAGUGCUUCAUGUCGAAGGAAGGAGCUUGUAACAAAUGGUUGCAAUGGAUCAGAAUAUGUUGGAGAUUCUGUUACAAAUACUGUCAAAACUACUAAAUAUCCAUUUGUGCUACGUAGAGAUAAGCUACCAGAACCGAAGGAAAAAGAGAAACCUAUAGGAUUGUGGUCAAUAAUUAAAGAAAAUAUAGGGAAAGACCUCUCAGGUGUUUGUCUACCUGUUUAUUUCAAUGAGCCUCUCUCGUCUUUACAAAAAUGUUUUGAAGAUUUGGAGUACUCUUACUUGGUUGACCAUGCACUACAGUGGGGAAAACAGGGUGACAGCUUGAUGAGAAUACUUCAUGUAGCAGCGUUUGCAGUAUCAGGUUAUGCUUCAACUGAAGGUCGGCAAUGCAAACCCUUCAAUCCUCUACUGGGGGAAACAUACGAAGCUGACUAUCCAGAUAGAGGACUUCGCUUUUUCUCUGAAAAGGUCAGUCAUCACCCUGUGGUUGUUGCAUGUCACUGUGAAGGUAGAGGUUGGAGAUUCUGGGGUGAUUCCAAUCUGAAAGGGAAGUUCUGGGGUCGGUCCAUUCAGCUUGAUCCAAUAGGCGUUCUUACCCUCCAAUUUGAUGAUGGAGAAACAUUUCAGUGGAGUAAAGUGACUACCUCCAUUUACAAUAUCAUAAUUGGCAAAAUUUACUGUGAUCACUAUGGCACAAUGCGUAUCAAUGGGAGUGGCCAGUACUCCUGCAAGCUUAAAUUCAAAGAACAGUCGAUAAUUGAUCGCAAUCCACACCAGGUGCAUGGAUUUGUGCAAGAUAAUAGAACAGGGCAAAAAGUAGCUAUGUUAAUUGGGAAAUGGGAUGAAACUAUGUAUUAUGUGCUUGGAGAUCCAAGUGUAAAACCCAAGGGUUAUGACCCGAUGUCAGAAGCGGUUCUCUUAUGGGAGAGAGACAAGUCUCUUAAUCAGACACGAUACAACCUUUCGCCUUUUGCAAUUUCUCUGAAUGAAUUGACACCUCACUUAUUGAAGAAGUUGCCUCCUACUGAUUCUCGUUUGAGGCCUGAUCAAAGGCAUCUGGAAAACGGUGAAUAUGAGAUGGCAAAUGCAGAGAAACUUAGGCUUGAACAACUGCAACGGCAGGCUCGGCGACUGCAAGAAAAAGGAUGGAAACCAAGGUGGUUUAAGAAGGACGAUGACGACAGCUACCGCUAUGUGGGUGGAUACUGGGAAGCAAGGGAGAAGGGAAACUGGGAAGGCAUUUCGGACAUCUUCGGCCAGAACAAUGUAUCACCAGGGCUGCCGUAGUUAGUAGCUACCCUGCUUGUGUUAUACUAGUAGCGUGCAUCAGAGGGUUUCGACGCAGAGAAAAUAUUUUGCGGGCUACAUAUACGUGGUAAAAGAAUGUCAAUAUUGCCAAUUUCCUUGGUCGCGAA